GUCAUUACUCACUCUCCUUUGGUGAUAUGCCUGCUUUCUAGUUUAUUUUUUAUGUUUAUUUGGGAAGGAAGACCUCUCAAGUUCUUUGAAGCUCCAGAAUUCCAAUUCUGUAUAUCCUAGGAUGACAGGGGGAAAAAGUUUUAUCAAUCUCCUUCUGUUUAAUAUGAGACAACUGAAAUCCAGAGUUAUUUGGACAUGGUAGAGCAGUGGGGCCUGGGUGAAGAAUUUAGAUAAGAACUCCACAAUCUUCCCUCCUGACAAGGGUGACUUUAGCUACUAAUACUUUGGCAAAGCAUAUGGAAAAAAAAGAUUACGUUAAACUUUGAACUCAGGCCUUGAGUAGAGCUGGUAAGGUUUCAGGGAGGAACACAGAAGAAGCCUGAGAUUGAAGAGGAGUGGUUCUGGGCUGGUUUUGACCUGUAUACAAAAGUAACCUAACCCAAGGAAACACGUCACUGGCUGUUGCCUCUUGUUCUUGCCUAAGAAUAAUUUAAUAAUGAAACCUGUUUUCUAGAGGAGAGGAAACAGUUAAAGCCUUUGUAGCAGCAGCAAUCAUUUAGGCGUGGUUCAGUUCCUUGAUUUCUUGUUUAGUUCCUUCACUGACUGCUGUCUCCGAAGAUUGCUGUAUCAAGACACUCUCAAAUGGCUGAUUCAGACACAAUAGUUCCAGUAGUACAAGCCACUCCCGAGAUGCCAGCACUGCGUGGGCCCAAAACUGAGAAAAAAAUCCAUGAAGAUAAAGGGAAAACUGAGGACCCAUGCAGUUCUGCAACUGAGCCUAGAGAUAGCUUGGGGGAGACAGUGACUGGUUUUAAAAAGGAAGGAAGGAUUCCAGAGCAGGGGGCUUUUAACAGUGGGGAAGAUGAGACGACUUGUGACUUCUGCCUUGAGGAGAAAGUGAAAGCAGUGAAGUUUUGCUUGACUUGUAUGGUGAAUUAUUGUGAGGAUCAUGUUCGGCCCCAUCAAGAGAACAGCAAGCUCUACAGUCACCAGCUGAUUAAGCCAGUAAGGGAUAUAGAAUUAUACACUUGCUCAGCCCACCAGGGCCAACUUGCUUGGUUUUGCUUCCUGGAGCAGCAAUGCAUCUGUGAAGAAUGUACCCAGGAAGACCACCGGGGCCACCCUAUUCUCUCUCUAGAGGCAAUGAGGAGGGAAAAGCAGACUGAACUUCAGCAGGCCCAGUUGGACUUUGAGAAGAAAAUCAAGGCAUCUGAAAAUGACAUUGUUAGACUACAAGCUGACAGCAAAUCAAUUUUGGUCUCAGUUUCUGAGGUGAAAACUGUGGCAGAACAGCAAUUUGGGAAUCUCCAUGAAGCAGUCAGGAAGGCCCAAGAAUAUGUACUUCUAUUUCUGGAAAAGAAGGAACAAGUUGCCUUGAGUGAGGCCAGGAGCAUCAAAAAAUACCUGGAGAGCAAACAUGCAGAAUUAGAAAAUAGCAAGCACGCACUGGAAAGGAUGGUCAAUAUCACCAAUAAUGUCCUUUUCUUGGAGGAAUACUGCAAAAUUAAGAAAAAUAUUGAGUAUAAUCCUUUCCCCAGUGUUUAUGUUGGAUUAAAGGAAAAACUCUCUGGCAUACAAAAGGUGAUCAUGGACUGCACAGAGCAUUUACUCCAGUUUCUGCAGAACUACAAAGGAAAGCUAGAGGAGUUUUCCAAGGAAGAAGAGUAUAAGAUAAGUACACAAGUGUCUGAUGUCAUGCCGCACAAUUACUGGACUUCAAUACCUGAACCUAGCAACAGGAAUGAUUUCCUCAAAUAUGCAUAUCCCAUCACAUUUGAUCCUGAUACAGCUCAUAGGUAUCUUCGGCUCCAAGAAGACAACCACAAGGUCACAAAUACAACUCCCUGGGAACAUCCAUACCCAGACCAUCCCAGCAGAUUUGAGCAUUUGCGACAAGUGCUGUCCAAGCAGAGUCUGUACUUAAACCAAUAUUAUUUUGAGCUGGAGAUUAAGGGAGCAGGUGUUUAUAUUGGUGUGACUAAUAAAAGUAUAGAUCGGAAGGGAUCAGAGAGCAAUAGUCGUAUCUCAGGGAAUAACUUUUCUUGGAGUAUUCACUGGAAUGGGAAGGAGUUUAGUGCCUGGCACAAUGACUCUGAGACUCUGUUGAAGGGUGGUCAGUUCCAGAGACUUGGAAUCUACCUGAAUUAUGUAGGGAGCACUCUCUCCUUCUAUGGUAUUGAAUUUGACACCAUGGUUCUGAUUCAUAAGUUUAACUGUGACUUUGCUGAGCCAGUCUACCCUGUAUUCUGGCUUUCAAAGAAGGAAAAUUCAAUCCAAAUAAUAGAACUGAGUGAAAAAGCAUAGAUCUUUCUUUCUCAAUAGUUAUUCCUGCUUCCUCAGCAGAUGCUACUUCAUAGAAUCUAGAUGUCAAAGUCAGACUCCUCUACCAACCACAAACUAGAAGACAGUGACUUGCACUUUAAGGAUAAUUGUAGGACAAAUGUUGUUGCAUUGUCCAACAUUAAAAAUUAGAGCUGUCAAAGAAAAAAUAAUUAACUCUGUCCUGCCCUGUUUAAUACUGUGUUGUUCUUAUACAGCAUAUUCCCAGAUGCUUUUCUUAUUAUUCCCUUUGGCAUUCUAAAUAGUAUUUCCUGAGAGCUCAAUCAUAUUUUGCUAGGUGCUCUGAAUGGUUACUAAAAAUAUAAUAGAUUUUGAUCUAUAAAAGUCAGCAUUUGCUAAAAAUGCAUUGAAAAUAUUUUAUGGUAUUAGAUGUUAUGCCUAAUAUUAUUCUAGAACCUGGAAGGGACUAAAAAAGUUUCAUAUCAACCAGAAUCCUCCCUAUCGCAUUUUUUUUAAACCCUUACCUUCCAUCUUGGAGUCAAUACUAUGUUAUGGCUCCAAGGCAGGAAAGUGGUAAAGGCUAAGCAAUGGGGAUCAAGUGACUUGUGUGAACUUUAUAUUACUACACCCUACUUAGUCUCACAAAAAACAGGAAUGUCUAUACCCAUACUUGAGGAUUAAGUAUUUAGGAGGAUGGCCUAUGACAGACAUGUGCUAUCAAAUGACAAAUCAGAAACAACUGAUAGACCCUUGGACUGUCCUAAGUCAAGCUUAAGUUACCAUGGGUACUUGUAAGAUGCAGGAAAGUGAUGUAAAAACCGUAUAUAUAUAUUUCACGUCACUUCCUCUCUCUGGCCUUUUUUGGCGGAGAGGUGGCCCUGGAGGCAGCUUGCUGAGCAGUUCAGAAUCUUGGCAUGGUGGCAGCUAUUGUCCAAUUUUGGCGGUGAGUUUUCCCUGAUAUUAUACUGAGAGAGUGAAGCUGAGUAGCCUAGUUUAGGUGAGCCAUCUUCAUUGAGCUCUCUCGAAAUUUAGACUGAUUCUUUUCUCCUUUACCUUCCAAACACUAUCCUCUUAGAAAAGCUUCUAAUCUUCUUCAAAGACCUAGUGGUGGAGGUCUUUGAACUCCCUCUGGCACAGGCCAGGCGGGAGAAAUCCUAUACCCUCUUCUCUCUCUUCUCCUUAAUUCCUUUUCUCUAUAUUAAUUAAAAUCACAAUAAAUUUCCAAACUGACUUGGGCAUUUUAUUUGGAAUUUUCUCCAGCAACCAAAUUAAUUUAGAUUAGAUCACAACCCUAAAAUUAUCCUUACACUUGACCAGGCUCGCACAGCUGGGAAGUGUCUGAGGUCAGAUGUGAACCUAGGACCUCCCAUCUCUAGGCCUGGCUCUCAAUCCCCUGAGAUACCCAGCUCCCCCCCCCCCCCAAUUGCAUUUUUGACAGAGAAUUUGCUACCUUGCAAGGAAGCCCAUUUGGUUACUGAACAGCUUUGAUUGCAAUAAAGUUAUUCCUUACAUUGAUCCAAAAUUCUACCUUCCAGCUAACAAAAGUAUAAACUUAUGGAUUAUAUAGAGUAAGAAAAAUUCUUCCACAAGACAGCCCUUCAGACCUCUGGAAAGAUUAUAGUCAAAUCUGCUUUCUCUGAGAUACUCCAGCAAAACUUUUCAAGCUUUUUCAAGCAAAACCACUGGUAAACUCCUUUUAAAAUCCAGAACUGCAUAAGCAGCCAUCCAGGAGACUAUGGGUACACUGAUAAGGAGGCCUUUCAGUGGGGUCUUAGCCUGUUCAAGUCACAGCAGGGGCAAAGCCAUCCUCUAAGAGUUGGCUUCCAAGGAGAUGGAAAUAAGACAGAGGUACACAGGCAGUAGGGUCCUAGGGUUCUCCAGAUGUCCUGAAGGGCAGAAUUUCUUAUACAUAGACACAAACCAGAGGACAAAUUUAAUCCUGAAUGGGUGACAGUGAAUAAAGGAGAUAGAGAUAGGGCAGUGUAUUCAUGAAAAUUCUAGGAAAUUGAGGUGAACCGUAGAGAUAGGGAUUGAGGUAGAAAACAGUCUUAUUAGCUCCCAAGCAAGCUUUCUUCCUCAGGCCAGAAGAGAGCUGGAGGUGCAAGAACUAAGCCACUUUAUCUAGAAUUGUAUCUGGACAGUGAUAGCAUCAUCCAGCCUGCAUCAGAGAUUGGACUAGGAGCCAUACCUUUCAUCUAAGAAUGUUGGAUUGGGCAGAGCAUGGUAUUGCCAGAGUCCUAAGUCAGAAACUGAGACUUUAUUUACCAACUUCAUUUCAUCUACUAAAUUUUUUGUUUUUACUAUGUAUUUAUUCCAAGUCCUUAAUAAAAAUAAUAUAUCAUGUCCAAGUGCAAAGCCUAGUGGCAUAGUGCAAUAAAAUUCCUACCAGAUUGACAUCAAUUAACUAAUGAAUGUUCUUUGUACAAUUCAACUAGUUACAUAUUCACCUAACAUUUUAAAAAACAACAUUCACUCUUCACCUCUCAGUAACUGUGUUGACUUUUUCUUCUCUCUUGUGUAUUCCUUAUUACAGGGGAUAGCAUUCAAGGUAGCAGAAUUAUCUUAGUAUUCAAGAAGCAAUAGUGAGCACAUUUAUAGCUAUCCUAGUACCUUCUCCACUUGUCCUCCUUACUAUUAUGUUUUAUUCAAACCACAGAUUAAAUAUAUUUUAAAAGAAAGAAAAGGGUGGCUAAAAUAUGAAAGCUAGCAAUGUCAGUCUUUGAGAGUCAGCACAACUGAACAAUAAAUUGAGAAAGUCUGAAAACAUGUACAAUGUGUAACACCUGAGGGCCUCCCCAUUCACAAAAGCAUACAUUAGGACUGUGUUCUUGUAUUUAUUCAUUUGAGUCCUGUUUAAUUUUUAUUAUUUGGUUACAUUUACUUUGAUUUUUUUUAUGUGCCAUUCUUUCCAUUUACAUUUUUAUAGUUAUUGUGUAUGUUGGGUUUUUUGGCUCUGCUUGAUUCAUUCUGCUCACAUAGAUCUUUCUGUGUUUCUGUAUUUUAUCACACAUUCCAUUACAUUCAUGUACCACAGUUUAGCCAUUUCCCAAUUGUUUCCCAAUUAUUCCCAAUAUGUACUUUGUUUUCAAUUCUUUAUCACAAAAAGUGCUGCUGUAAUUAUUUUGGAAUAUAUUAGUGCUUUCUUUAUCAGAGGCUUCUAUGAGAUUUAAGCUCAGUAAUGAAUUCUCUGGUUCAAAGGUUAUGGAUAUUUUUAGUAAUGUAAUGAUGGGGAGUAGGAUAAAAGAACUGUUGGGAGAAAUUGGAAUGUAGGAAUGACAGUUGGAAACUGAACAAGGACUUCUGGGAAAUUCUCCUGAGGAGUGGGGUCUUGGGUGCUGAGACACAGGAGGGAGUGGAAGGAGGGGCUUUUUUCUGGGCCAUUUCAAGACACCUGUGGAAAUUUAUGUUACUAACAGAAAUCCCAACAUUGAUGAUUCCUGUUUAAAACAUCGCUGGCUGCUGUCAAGAAACCUAAUUUCUUCAAAGACUUUCAUUCCAUGAACUAUUGAGAUACUGGACUCAAAUUGGUGAGCAGUGCUCUCCUAUUUUCCUACCUUUCCCCUGGUUACAAGAAAACCUUGUACUUCAGUAAUUAGAUUUAUUUAGAAAGAGAUUUAGGGUGACCCUACAACCCCUCUAACCUUUACCCUUUGCCCCAAUCAACAAUUAAAUCAAAUAAGCAGUCAGAUAGCAAAUUAAAUCUCGUUUAUUUAAAUCUAGAGAGUAAGCCCAUUGGCAGACUCCAUCUUGUUGCCAGUUUUCAAGAAAGACAUGAGCAAAAAGCAGCGCAUAUCCAGAUUGAGGUCCCAUAUAUGAGGUCCCUUGUAGAGAAGACUUCCCCACAGCCCUUGGGAACCAGCAUGACCACCAAGGGGUAAGCCUUCACCAAGGGGAUAUCUCCAUUUUGCUCCCUCAAGUAAUUCAGGGACUCUGGGAGGGAGUAGUAAGGGAAGCCAUUUUCAUCAACCUUUUCCUCACUACCAUUAACCCUCAUUUCUCCAUUUAAGGAGUGUGAGUCCCCCCCAAAUUACAGUCACUUUAUUUGCAUAAUUCUAGAUUACUUUCCACAAUAGCUGUAUCAUUUCACAGUACCACAAACAAUAUAUUAGUGUACCUCUUCUUCUAAAAAAUAUUCAACAUUAAUUAAUUAAAUUUAAUUUAAAAAUUAAAAACAAAACAAAACAAAACAAAACAAAAAGAAGUUUUGGAUACAGCAGUUUAUUUUCUUCCGAGUUCAUGUUUUUAGCCUUCCCUGUUACCAAAAUAACUUUCUGUAUUGUGUGCCUAGCUGUUUUCUCAGCUCUCAGGCUUUUUCUUGUCUUGUCUUUUAGUUGGAAAAAAAUUGUUACAGAUAGGCUCUGUUACCUUGGUGUAGGGUGCAUUGUCCCAAGCUUCAGGUUCUUUGUGCAUUUGACUUCAGAGCUAGCCCUGAGGAUUUGAACGUUUUCAGUUCUUCCAAGGUGGUAUAAUCUAAGGAGAGGUGUGUUUAAUAUUCUCCAAGCCUGUGAGCAAAUACAAGUACUCCUUCCACCCUGGAAAUGUGACCAACGUCCUCUGCUUCCCUGCCAUCACAAGCACUGGUGUGUGCUAGUGCUUCUCCUAGCCCUGGGACCCUGACCUAGAUCUGGGUAUGGGAUCACACUACGAAUGAAAAAUGGAACCCCUACAAUCUUCUGGCCAGCUAUUUGAUCUCCUUAUGAUCUCUGCUUCACCUCCACCCCAGUGUGAAAUUUUUUGUGCCAAUAUAUUAAGUAAUACUGGGCAGAAAAAUUGUUUCACUCUAUCCCUUUUUGGAUUCUGCUACUCUAGAAUUCAUUUGAGAUCUUAUAUCAAAAUUGUUUUGAGGUUAUGUGGUAGAGAUCAGGCAGGUCCAUGUAACUUCUCCAUCAUCUUAAUUCUUUUCCUUCAUCCCAUAGAUUAAGGGGCAACUGGGAGUGGCAGUUGGUCUUGUGAGAGGCACUUUCUUCCUGGCCCUGGAAGUGGAAGGAGCUCUCUCCUGGUCUCUGCAUAGAAGUGUCUCUAUUUUCCUGAUUUUCCCAAUUGUUUGCUCUUCCUGGAUUCCUGUGAUCCUGUCAUGGACAAAAGGACUUAAGGGAAGCAGUUUGAACUGUAAGGCUGGUCUUUAGGGGUGUUAGCCUCAAGAGACAGACCCAACCAGCUCUGAAAGUCAGAACUUUCUUCCUCUUGCUGUCUACUGCUAAGACUUUGAACUUUAGAAAACUAGCACAGAUUAGCAUAGACAGGAAUAACAGAAACCCUCCACCAGCCUGUGAAGCCUGGCCUCAGCUCAAAAGCUGAAAGAGACUCAACCCUCCUCUAGGGAAUCCCUCUUCCCUCUUCCCUGAUCCCCUCCCAAUCCAACUUGUUAUUAUUUAUCUUUAUUGGAUAUCGCAGUCAGAUAAGAAGACUAGCAUUUCAGGGGACAUAGAGGGAGCUGAACCUCAGGACAGCCAGUCAACUAUAAACAGUCCUUAUUGUACCCCUGCUGGGUGACUAAGUCUAGGGAGAGGCUUGUUCCUUAGGAGGAUCCGUGCUUACCUGCUCUGGGGUAUCUGCUACAUCAUUCUAUAGAGAUGACAUCCCCUCAGGCGAUCAUAACUGGCCCAUUUCUCGGAAACCCCAUUUUUCAAAAGUAGACUCUCAUCAGGGGGCAUCUCUCUCCUUUUACUUCACCAGCAGCCAUAUUUCCUCUCUCCCUUCAACUUUCCUUCCCUUUCCCUGCUAUAAAACUUUCUGUAUCCCCUGUUCUUCAAUCCCAUUUUUUCUAUAAACUUUAUGCCAGCAUUAAUGCACCUAGGAUAAAAAGGGAAAUAGUCAAAUGGGGGGGAAAUAUAUUUGUACUGAAUUUCUUUGACAAAAAUUUUGUAUCUGAGAUAUAUUAAUGGCUAUAAUAUUUAAGAUGAAAUAUAAGACUAAUAAUAAUUCCCCAAUAUACAAAUGCUCACAGGUUACAGUUUUCAAAAGAACUACAAAGUAUUUGUUGCCACAUGAAAAUAAAUGCUCCAUAUCACUAGAAAAAUGUAAAAAGACAAGAGAAAUGUAAAUCAAAACAACUUUGUAAUUUCAUCUCAUACCCUACAAAUUGGCAAAAAUGACCAAAAAAAUGACUAGAAUCAAUGUUGAAGAGUGAUGAUUUAGUUUCCCCAUUGCUUAUAUGAAUCCCUUCAAUUUCUUUUCCUUCUCUAAUUGCUAUCCCUAGCAUUUCUAGAAUAACAUUAACUAAUAGAGAUGAUAAUGGGUAUCCUUGCCUCACUCCUGAUCUUAAUGGGAAGGCUUCUAACUUGUCCCCAUUGUGGAUGAUACUUACUAAUGGUUUUAAAUAUAGAUUGUUUAUUAUUUUGAGGAAUGACACUUCUAUUCUUAUACUUUCUAGUGUUUUCAAUAAGAAUGGGGGUUGUAUUUUGUCAAAGGCUUUUUCUAUAUCUAUUGAGAUAAUCAUGAGAUUUCUGUUGGUUUGAUUAUUGAUAUGGUCAAUUAUGUGGAUGGUUUUCCUAAUGUUAAACCAUCCUUGAAUUCUUGAUAUAAAUCCCACCUGAUCGUAGUGAAUAAUCCUCAUGAUAACUUGCUGGAGUCUUUUUGCUAGUAUUCUAUUUAAGGUUUUUGCAUCUAUGUUCAUUAAGGAGAUUGGUCUAUAGUUUUCUUAAUCAGUUCUUGACCUGCCUGGCUUUGGAAUCAGUACCAUAUUUGUGUCAUAAAAAGAAUUUGGUAAAACUC